AAGGAGAAUUCCUGAUCGGGGAGCGGACGGGGUUGUGAAACUGUGAUUUCCAAGACUGCGAUUUCCAAGAGCCCCUGGAUGUUUCCUUGGACCUCUGGGAGGCAGCGGCUCUGAGUUUAGGGAAAUGAACUGCUUGCCACUGUCCUUUUGUGGUCCAAAGCUGCCAGGAGGAAGUUAAGUUUGCUCAAGUUAGCAAAGGGAGUCACACAGCUCACCUGGUUGGCUGCGGCUUCCUUUCUGCUGAGAUGGUCGCGGGCCGUUUCCGUGCUUGAAGUGGAACGAUACGAAAAUUCGGCUCUCUUUUCACUGAGCACGGCUCCCUCGAGCUGGCGUGGGGCUCCCCUGUGGGUCACCCUUUGCCAGGUACUUUCUAACCCAGUCAGCAAGUUGAAAGCUUGUUCCUCUAUUGUCGUUUCCUGCCUGCAACUUCCUUCUGGGAAAGAAAACCCAGUACGUGUCUGUAUGCAAGAAGACAAGGCCAGACAGCAUCGGCAAAUAGUGCCAGGAACCCACCAAGCUGGGGAGAAUCAUAUAUAAUCCGCAGGCUCAUUAAUCACUGCCCCUCGGGGGUGUGGGGGAAACUGCAGUGGAGGGGAGGCUCUUUACUUUCACUUUCAACGAAGCUUUCGAUGUGAAGAGACCGAGAUCUGGGAGGGAUCUCUGCUGGAAUUAGCAGAGAUCGGGUCGGGGGGGAUUGCUUUCCUCCCCAGGGUGGUCGUCCAGAGGAAGAGUGUGCCGAGAAUUCAUGGAGAGGACUUCUCAGUGCUGGGAAUAUACACUGCGAGUGUCCGAGUUUAGUUUCCAACCGUUCGGAAAGUAAACAAGAGACUGCAGCCAGGUCAACGCCCCCACAGGCCUGUCGGCCAGAUGGAUCUGGAAUCUCCCUGAAGUCUCUUCUGAGGAUCAUGCUCCUGGUUUCUAGCCUUAUCCUGGCAACACAACUGAUCUACCUCGAAGCCAUCACCUGUAAGGCAUUUGAAUACAAAGUGAAUGAAGACUGCUGCCCAAAGUGUGCUGCAGGACUCCGAGUUUUGAAUCACUGCACUGAAAAUUCAGGAAACACCUGCGUUCCCUGUACCGAGGGAACGUAUACAAAGCACCCCAAUGGCCUGGAAGAAUGUAUACUCUGUCAAGUGUGUGACCCAGGAGUCAUGCUAAGAAUUAAGCAACCGUGCACCUAUGUCAAGGAUACGGUCUGUGCAUGUGUCCCGGGUUCCUUCUGCAUCCAUUUAAUUGAUGAGAACUGUGAGCACUGUCAGAAACAUACCAUCUCUCCGCCUGGCUUUAUGGUGACUGAAUAUGGCACAGAAACUGCCGACACAAAGUUUGAACCCUGCCCUCAUGGGACCUUUGCAGCAACUGAGAUGUCCCCUUCCUGUAAAACUUGGACUAAUUGCAGUGAUUUAGGGAUGAUAGCCGUUCGGGCCGGCAACAGGACUUCGGACAAUGUCUGUGAAUUUCACAGCCCGAAUAUAACCCUCCGGGCAACUAUAGCCAUUGUUGCUGGCCUGCUUGUUGGACUGUCUGUUGUGAUUGUUCUAGUUCUUGUCAUCCGUAAAAGAAUGCUGCUCAGAAAAGGCACCGACACGGAACAGGGAGAAGCACACAAAGAAUUCCUGCCUGUCCCAGAGACCGAAACCAACAUGGUAAAUCCUAUGCAAGAAACUUCUCUAAACCCUGGGGAACCAACUUACAAAGUUGCUUGACUCAACCGAGGAAGCUUUCAAAGGCACAUGGGUUUGAGCGCUUGGGAGAAUCACAGCAGUUCCUGUUGCCUCGCCUACAUCCUGUCUUAAAAAAAACCCAAAACACUUUUCUGGGUGGGAUACAGAACAGAUGUCUAGUGUGGUCUCCAGCAUGUACUCAUCGCCUGAGCUGCUCAGGCUCCUAAGAAGUUAGGUUUCCUGCUCAAGACUGUCAAAGUGGAAAGCUGAUCAGAGAAGGUCUCUCGGAGAAGGACAAGGAAUAGAAAUAUGGAGGCAUAGUUGAAACCGUGUGAGUGUGCUGUAAGGUGUUUCUGACAAUAAGGGAGGAGAGCUGGUCUUGUGGUAGCAAGCAUGACUGGUCCACUUAGCUAAGCAGGGUCCGCCCUGGUUGCAUAUGACUGGGAGACUAGAAGUCACUGGAAGAUAUUCUCCUUCGGGGAUGGAUCCGCUCUGGGAAGAGCAGAAGGUUCCAAGUUCCCUCUCUGGAAGCAUCUCCAAGACAGGGCUGAGAGAGAUUCCUGCCUGCAACCUUGGAGAAGCCGCUGCCAGUCUGUGAAGACAAUACUGAGCUAGAUAGACCAAUGGUCUGACUCAGUAUACGGCAGCUUCCUAUGUCCCUAUGUCCUUCUUUGGAGGACAGCGUUGACCUGGGAACUCUGAAAGUGCUCUAGGAAUGUUUUAAGAAGAAAUAUUCUCCCAAGUUUACUUCAAGUGGCUCCUUAACCUUUCACUGCCUUUGUCCAGGAGUACCAAACCAAGGGUGCGGACAUUUAAAAAUAAUCCCGGGUAGCCCUCGUUAUCCACAGGGCUUCUGUUCCACAGAUAAUUGAAUCGUGGAUAAUGAGACCUUGAGGCCAUGGGAAUUGCGGGGUUGGGUUCCUGGAGGGCAAAAAAGGCCCCAAAUGGCAGAUAUCGCAGAAAUGAGAGAAAUAGAGCCACACUGUGCUCUGUGGGUCUCCAACUGUCCAGCAGUGCCCCUCAAAGUGUUGACCCUCCUUGACUGAACUGGACACCUACGCGUGGAGACUGGAAAGGGCUAUUUUCAUCCAGAGCACUGACGUCAUCUGGAAGCAAGUUGAGGUUAUUGGUUUGGAGGCAAGCAGAUACUACCAAGAUAGGCAGGCUGAGCCAGAAAAUGGGUGGGCAGAUAAGAGGAGUGGCUUUUCUAAAAGCAUCUCAGCCUGGAUACGAGUAGUAAAUAACUCAGACUGAGUAGCUAAACCAGAGUUUAGAGUUAAACCAGAGUUUAGAGUCAGAUUUGAGGAGCUAAACCAGAGUUGUUAUAGGACCAGGUGGAACCCAAUGGAUUCUCUUGGUCACCUGGCCCUUGGUGAACUGGAAGCUGCAAUACCACUCUCUGGCCAGCUGCAGCAGCGGCGCUGUAGUGCGGCAAAAGAUCAAGCCAGUGUCUCCCGAGUGGACCCAGAUGUUUCACUCUCUGCCCCACUGUAAAUGCUGGUGAGCAUCUGCAGUGGGGCAGAGAGUGAAACAUCUGGAUGUCACUUUCAGACCCUUCAGUUCAAGACCCUCAGUCUCAUUUCAUAUUAGAACGUUUGAUACCCAACAAGAUGGCAACCUCCAGAAGAGCACAGUGUGGAUUCAACUGAUCAACUCUAAAUAAAUUAUGGGAUAACUGUCAGUUCAAAAGAAAAUGGAGUGUGACUCCAUUUGACAAGAUUGUCAAAUGAUAGUUAUCAAAGAAUCCAAGUUAUUCAAUAUGUAUAUGGUCUACAUAGAAGAAUAAUAGCACUUUACAGUUGGAGAUAUUUUAAUCCCAUCUCCUCUCCGGUAGAAUAGCCUCUUAUCAAUGAAACUAGAUAAAUAAUGCUACAUCUUAUCCUGAUAAUCUUGUCUUUUGUCAUAUGGACACAGUAUAUCAAAAUAACCACCAAUUCACUGAACCUUAAAAAACACUAGUUGCCUGAAUAGCGCAGCUCCCUAUGAAGUCAUACAAAUCGAGAAUUCACAAUACAGAAAAAUUCCUUAAGUAUCACUCCUUUGCCUUAUUGCUUUGUGGGUUGGAUGGUAGUUGACAUCCAUGGGGCACUACCACCCAAUCCAUUUUGGGGUCCCUAGGCACUAUCCCCAGGGAAUUAUGUGCUAUUUCAAAUCCCUAUUAUUUCCUAUGGCAGAAUAUUUUAGAACUGGUUUGAGCAUGGUUUGAGCUUGAACCGAACCAGGGGUUGGUCCGACCUCACCGGUACUCAAACCAGGGGACCCAGUUGGAGCCUGGUUCUAACUCAAACCGAACCACAAAAUCCGGUUUUGUGCACACCCCUACCCACACUAUCAACAAAACCUCUCUCUCUCUUUUGUUUUGACACCAUAGCACUUUUCUUUUUAAGCACUAUAGUACUAAACCUAAUCAGAUUUAAGAAUAUAUAUAUAUAUUUAUAUUAAUGCUAAUUAAUUAUCAAUAGAAGCAAGGAAAGCAUCAUGUAGAUGCAUUGCGUAAAAAGCAAAAAAUAAAAAAUAAAUUCUAGUAUAAAUGGAGGUGGAAGUGAUUGUACAAUGUACAUCCAAUAAUCUUAAGCUUCACAUGCCAAUAACGAUAGACAAUUAACUGAUGCUUUUCUAUCCAAUGCAGAAAAAAAACCUAUUUGUAAGAUUUCAAGAAAGGUCAGGCAAUCUGCUCUAAUGUUCUAGACACACAUGAGCUUAAGACAUUUCAUUAGACUAAUAUUUCAGUUCCCAUUUUAGGAUCGACAGGACCCUGGCUUUCUCCCAGUGGUGGUUGUUAAAGAUCCUAGCCAUUAUUAAUACGUAACAGGUUAUUGCAGUUUGCUGAAUAGCACAUAUUUACUUUAAAUUGCUAAGGAUAACAACGAAAUGGGACUCAUGUCCAAGUACACACACAUAGGAUGGCUCUUACUUGGUGAUUAUUUGAUCCCAAUAUUAGACAAAUAUUGGAUUAUUUGAUACUGACAUCAGACUAAUAAAGCAUACCAGUGAGUUAAGGUGGCCGUGUACAACGUUCUCUCAAUUUCCUUUCAUUUUUAGCCAGUAUAUCACUUUUCUCUCAUUGCUCUGCUCAAGGCGUUUUAUGACCCAUAGACAUGAAAAAUCAAUAGUAAGAGAUGGGCUUGAAACCUCUCUGGAAUCUGAAACUGGUCCACAAUGCAAAAGUGAGAAUUUUUGAAUUCUUGACAGGGUCAAGACCCACAGAUCACAUUCCACUCACCUUUUGGGGGCUGCAUGGGUACCACUUUGUUUCCAGGUGCGAUUCAGAACACUGGUGAUGACAUUUAUAUUUUAAGAAUGGGGUCCCCGAUGGAUUGUGACACAAUGAUGAUGGAUUGGGGUCCCAAUCCAUCAUCAUUGGGGUCCCCGAUGGAUUGAUGACACAAUGAGCCCCUGGUGGCGCAGUGGUAAAACUGCCACCCUGUAACCAGAAGGUUGCAAGUUCGAUCCUGACCAGGGGCUCAAGGUUGACUCAGCCUUCCAUCCUUCCGAGGUCGGUAAAAUGAGUACCCAGAAUGUUGGGGGCAAUAUGCUAAAAAUCAUUGUAAACCGCUUAGAGAGCUUCCAGCUAUAGAGCGGUAUAUAAAUGUAAGUGCUAUUGCUAAGUGCUAUUGCCCCCCCCCCCGUAAAUAAAUCUGCCUAACCCAUAAGAUUGGAUAGGGAGAGCCCCCAGUUGAUGCUGCCUCCAUCUGAGAUUUGUUUCAUGGUCAUGUAGGGCAGGGCCUUCUUUGUGGUGGCCUUCUCCUUAUUGAACUGCAUUCCUAGACUGACUCCUUUGUCCCCCUCCCUCCCCCUUUUUAGACAACCAGUAAGGCCAUCUUAUUUAAUCAAGCAUUCAUGUCAGUUAAACAUAGGAAGCUGGUUGAGAUUUUUAAAAUAUCUGUUUCUCCCGGUCACAUUUUUAGAUUGCUUAUAGAUUUGUGUUGGUUUUAUACUGGAGAUUUUAGUAGUGUGAGCCACUCUGAGACUAUAUGGAGCCAUGAUGCAUUGUGUGUGUGUGUGUGUAUGUGUGUGUGUAUAAUGUCUGUCUGUCUGUUCACUAUACAUUCCCACACCCUUGGAGCUAUUGGGACCAAACUUGGCAAAGUGACUUUCUAGGACGCUAGGAGGAAAACCAGGUACCCAGGGACCCCAACAACCACCCUGCACGGACAGAUAUACAACGGGUAGAGUCACGAAACCCCGAGCAACGCUAGCUACACUUUGCUAGUGAGUGAAUGAAUAACAAAAGCAGAGCUCGUUUGAUCUUCGAAAAUGUUCCAAUAAAAUGAGGUGCUGUCCGAUUUUGUGAUGACACGGCGAUUUGUGGGAUAUGUGUGUGCAAUUCUUGUAAAGUUUCUUUUGGAAAUUUGAGGGGGGGGGCUUGCCAUUGUGGUAGCAACUGCACUUUCAUUAUGUAUUCUGAUGCAAUGUGAAUUUGGAGAGGAUUCGAGGGGUGGGGGGGGGGAAGGUGGCAACCAGUAGGAGGAGAGCAAGCCUUACAGUAAGGAGCAUGAAUUGCUCCCUUUUGCUAAGCAGGACCUAUUCUGGUUUGCAUUUGGAUGGGUAAUAGAUGUGAGUGCUAUCUGCUGUAAGUUAUUUGACUUAGGGAAUGGGGCUGUCACUCACUGGCAGAGCAUCUGCUUAGCAUAUAGAAGGCCCCAGGUUCAAUCCCUGGCAUCAUCUCCAGGAAAGACCCCCUGGAUGAAACCUUGGAGAGCUGCUGCCAGUCAGUGCAGACAAUACUGAGCUAGAUGGACCGAGGGACGGACUCAGUAUAAGGCAGCUUCCUAUGUUCCUAGUCUAAGAGAUUCCUCAGUGUUUCCCGGGUCCACAUGAGAAAUUGCCGAAACUGGCCCACCAUUUCUGCCACAUGAGAAUAUGUUGGUGUAGACAGGAGAGAUAUUUCUGACAUCAAAGAAUUGGGUGGACAAAGUGGAAAGGGCAUUUUAGAUCAGCAUGAAAAAUCCAUCCUAAUAUUCCAUUCCAUUUCAUUCCGAUCGAUCCGAUCCAAUCCGAUCCACAUAUAUCCAAAUCCAAAAUAUUGCCACAAACAAUUUAAGGCAAAGCACUAAGGAGUGUUCUGUGUCCUUUUCAAGGUAUCUCCAAAAGGUGACCAUUAGAGCAACAGGUCUUCUAAAGCAUCCUUCCUAUCUUCCAUCGUAUCACAUGAAUGGUUAGUUCAGUUCAGCUAAUUAAUGUAUGCACAGCAUUCCAAGGUCCUCGAAUUCCAGAAGAUUGUCCUUUUAUUGUUGAUCUUUCAUCAGGAUGACCCAUUAAGUUAAAUGGAAGUCAGACAAGGGGGUGAGUUAAUCAGGUCACACAGGUAAGAAAGUGGCGUGUUCUCCAGAAUUCAAAGAGAACAAGUGUCACGAUCCAUCACUAUUCAUUCAUGAGAUUCCAUGGAUGUCUGAUUACUUUUUAGAUAGUAUAGGGCACCAUCUUACAUGACAUUACUUUUGUUUUAUCAUUUUAGUUUAUUGUCACUGUCCUGAUUUUAUAGCUUCUUACAGGUUUUCAUUUGUUUUUAGUCUUACGGCAAUUUAAUAAUUUUAACUUUUUAUGUCGUCUAACUCUGCAGUUAUUGUUUUCUUAGUUUCCUGGCAUGGACUCGAUGCUUUUCACGUUAUAGUCAUGACUGUUACCGUUUCUUUGUUUCUUCUGCCUUAUUCUGGCCAAAGACCGAAAUAAAGAUAUUGGUUGAUUGACUGGUUA